AUGCAUUUAAAUACUCUGGAAGACGUUGUUGAAUUCCUCUGCGGGCGAGAUACAGGUGAUUCCGCUUUAGAUGCCCGUGAGAGUCAGGCGCCAAACUGGUCUGACCUGCAAUAUGUCUUGCGAACAAUACGCCCUUCAGCUUCAUACCCGAGAUCACCGAUACCAUGUCGUCACUGCGGCUUAACUUCUUCCAAGGCCAUCACGUCGUCGUCGAAUACAAACGGCAACGCGGGACGCCCGUAUUUCAAAUGUCCAACGAUGGGCAAGUUCUUAGUGUUCGCCGACGCGCGCGGAAACGACCUGACAAACCCAGUCUGUAGAUGUGGAUUGUCAAGCAAGCGGAUAAUGUCAGGACUCUAUACCAAAAAUCCGGGAAAGCUGUUCUACGUCUGCAGAAGCGGUAUGUGCGAAUACAACCGCGAAUGCAGGGAUGCGCAAGGAGAACAUGUCAUAGUCGGCUGGGAGAUUGUAGACUACCUGGCAUGGCUUGAGAUAAUCUGAUGGCUGUACGUUGGACUGACGAUGGCGCUCGGAUUUGAGAAGGAGCUGAGAAACCGGAGGGAACAGGCACAUGGCACAUGGAGGGACGGCGUUGGAUAUGUUCAGAAAAGGCUCUUGCUUUCAGGGGUGGUUUGGCACUUCUCAAGUUCUCUUAUGAGUCACGAAUUAUGAAAUGGCGCAGAUUGUGUAUCAUGAAGCAGGAAUUUCGCAUGGAUAUCCUUUUCUUUAGUUGUUGAUGUUCAAAAAGCAAAUAG